UUUUCAGUUCUCUCCCCGCCAUUUGUCUGCUUCUUCUUCUCCAUUUUUACAACUUAAAAUCACUGUUUGCAUGCAUUUUUACAUCGUUACUUUCUUCCAUUCACUAAUGCACUGAACAAAUUUUGUGCAGGGUAGAAUAUGAGUGCAGCGUUUACUACUUUGUUAUGCAACCGGUAUGUUUUGUGUGGCGCGCAAUUUCGACGCGGUUUCUAUUUUGAGCUCAAUCGGCGGCCACUUAUUGAAAAGAGAAAACUAUUUGGUGCGGAUGCUCGGCUCCAUAGAUCAAGAUAUGUUGUUUGUUCCAUAACGAGUGAUUCUGGAGACAUUCGCCCAACAUUUGUUGACGAGGAGAGUAGUAAUUCGUCAGAGAGUAUUGAGUUCCAGCAGACUGAUGAAGAUGAGCUUUUAGCAACUCAAAUUGCACUAGCUGAUGCCCGAGCCCGCGAACAAGCAUUUGAAAAGGAGAGGGGUAUAUUGCUUGAGAAAUUGGCUCAAGCGGAAGCUAAACAGCAUGAGUAUGCAGCUGCUAUAAUGCAUGAAAAGGAGAUGGUCGUAGCAGAACUCGAGGCUGCAAAAGACCUUUUUCAUAAGAAGCUACAGGAGUCUGUAGAUGAGAAAUUCGACUUAAAGUCCAAGCUUAUCCUUGCAAAACAAGAUGCUGUCGAACUUGCAGUUCAAGUCGAGAAGUUAGCUGAGAUUGCUUUCCAGCAGGCCACGUCUCACAUUUUAGAAGACACCCAACUGCGAGUUUCUGCUGCUGAAACUUCUGCAGCAGAUGCUACUUACCGGAGUGAAGAACAAAUUCGAAGUGCGACUGAAGGCACCUUACUUUCUAUAGUUGAUCAGGGAAAAUCUGCCAUAGCUAAGGCUUUAGCUGUUGCCAAAGCAGCUGAUGAUCGUGCAAAAAGUUAUGUGGCGGCUCCUAUUGAUGAUUCGAAAUUAAUUGAUGAAAUUGCAUCAAUCAAGUUUCAGAAUGUUAAGUUACAACGAGAAAUGUAUGAUUUAGAAUCUCAACUACUGGUUUACGAAAAUGAGUUCAACAAGUUGAAGUUAGAGUUAGAUCAUAGCCGCCAGCAAGCGACUGCUCAUGAACUCCGAGCACGUGAUGUUGAGAAAAAUCUGGUUGAGAUUCAGGAGUCAAACAGGAAAUCAGCUCUUAAGCAGGAGGAGGAACUCAAAUUGUUGUUUGAUAAAAUAAAAGAGGAUGCUGUGGAAAGAGGGAACUCAACUUCAAAUGCUUUCAAGGCAGAGUUGGAAACUCUCAAGUCUGCUGUUAAAGCAGCAAAAGAAACAGCCCGGUCCAAAGAUGAGGCUUAUUUAAGAAGAUCUGAAGCAUUGCAAAGAUCUCUGAUAACAUCUGAAGCUGCCUCUAUAAUGUGGAGGCGAAGAGCAGAAUUAGCAGAAACGUUGUUGUUGAAGCAAGUCCCACUUGGAGAAAGGAACGAAGAUUCAACUUAUGUGGUUAAUGGUGGGCGAGUAGAACUUCUAAUGGAUGAUAAUUCCAGAAAACUGAAACUACUGACUGAUGGUCCUCGCAGAGAGAUACCUGAGUGGAUGUUAAGAAAGAUUCAAUCCAUCUGUCCGAGGUUUCCCCCUAGGAAAACUAGUUUAUCCGAAGCCAAAAUAUCAAACUUCAAAUCUUUGGAGUUGCCUAAACCUGACGAAGUCUGGUCCAUCGCACUAGAAAAGCCAAAGGAAGGAGAUACUCUGGUUGAGCAUGUGAUGGAAAAAGAAGUUAUUGAAAAGAAACGGAAAGCUUUGGAACGUGCUCUUCAAAGAAAAACUAUUCAGUGGCAGAGAACUGCUGAAGAGACAAAACUAGAGCCAGGAACUGGUACCGGACGUGAGAUAGUGUUUCAAGGUUUCAACUGGGAGAGCUGGAGAAGACAGUGGUACCUCGACCUGGCUCCUAAGGCUGCUGAUUUGUCACGCUCUGGCAUAACUGCAGUAUGGUUCCCACCACCCACAGAAUCUGUUGCACCACAAGGGUAUAUGCCAUCUGACCUGUACAACCUCAAUUCAGCUUAUGGUUCUGAAGAAGAAUUAAAGCAUUGUAUAGAGGAAAUGCGUAAUCAUGAUAUCCUGACCCUGGGAGACGUUGUACUGAAUCACCGAUGUGCUCAGAAGCAGAGUCCGAAUGGAGUGUGGAAUAUAUUUGGAGGCAAGCUUGCCUGGGGGCCUGAAGCAAUUGUAUGCGAUGACCCAAAUUUCCAAGGACGUGGCAAUCCCUCUAGUGGUGAUAUUUUUCACGCGGCACCAAAUGUUGAUCACUCACAGGAUUUUGUACGAAAAGACAUAAAAGAGUGGCUAAACUGGCUCAGAAAUGAUAUUGGGUUUGACGGAUGGCGGCUGGAUUUUGCUAGGGGCUUCUCUGGUGGUUACGUAAAAGAAUAUAUUGAAGCUUCAAAUCCUGCAUUUGCCAUUGGAGAAUACUGGGAUAGCCUUGCUUAUGAAGGUGGUAAUUUGUGUUAUAAUCAAGAUUCUCAUCGACAACGCAUUGUUAACUGGAUCAAUGCUACUGGUGGUACUUCUUCAGCAUUUGAUGUCACAACAAAGGGUAUCCUUCAUUCCGCAUUGCAUAACCAGUAUUGGCGAUUAAUUGAUCCUCAAGGGAAACCUACAGGAGUAAUGGGAUGGUGGCCUUCUCGUGCUGUCACAUUCUUGGAGAAUCAUGAUACUGGAUCGACACAGGGUCAUUGGCCAUUUCCAAGGGAUAAGCUUAUGCAAGGAUAUGCGUACAUCUUAACGCAUCCUGGGACACCUGUCAUAUUCUAUGACCACUUCUACGAUUUUGGAAUCCGGGACGUAAUAACUGAACUGAUUGAAGCUCGGAGGCGGGGUGGAAUCCACUGCCGCAGCCCAUUGAAAAUACUCCAUGCAAACGACGAUGGAUACGUUGCUAAAGUUGGAGAAACACUGGCGAUGAAGCUUGGACAUUUUGAUUGGAACCCUUCUAAGGAAGUUCACUUGGAUGGGAGCUGGCAGAAGUUUGUGGACAAAUGGUCAGACUAUCAACUGUGGUUGAGGCAAUAACGACCAUGAUUCGGGCAGCUUUUUUUCUGAUUUGAGUAAAAUAUGGUAUGUAUAAAAUGUAUGAUUCCCAUUCUUGAGGGUAAUUUACCAAUAUGUGUUUGACCAAA